AUGACAUUAUGAGAUUAUUCGAUGUUUGGUGCAAAAAUUAGAUCCCCCAGACUCUGUAGACUUUCGAUAGUCCCGGGACUGCAUCUGGCGGUCGCUCGCUCUUCCGCGACGAAUAAUACCACGUUUGAAUCAUAAAUGCGGAAUACAAAUAUCAGCGAAGAGUGCAAGUUAUAUUUAAUUUUGUUAAUUUUGUUGAUUUCUAUUUUUAAUGAUUCUAAUUUUCAUCAUGUAAAAAAAUGCAACAAGUUCUUGUAAACCAGUAUUUGAUGUUAUUAAUUUGAUACAAAACACGCUUAUAACGAAUCUUGUACUUGGGAGAUGUAUAUGCAACGUUAUCUUAAUAUUACAGUCUGACAAGAAUGAUAACUCUGUGUUAAUACGUUGACUGUAUUCAGUGAAGUUUUGUAUAUCUUAUCAUUUGCACCACAAUGACAUCUUUAUUAUCAUAAGUAUGUAAGGAUAAAAUAUUGUAUGAUAUACUUAAUUCAAUCUAAAUUAUCACAGUAUAUAAAUUGUCGAAUCUCCUUGAAGUCAUGUAACGCAUGAGAAUUUCAACACGCUCGAUUCGCGACACAGGGAGAAAUUGUCGAAUAAAUGAUGAUUUAUUUCACUAAGAAAUUUCUACAGUGUUGUUGGAAACUCAAAUGAUAAUUCUGAUGCUAGUCAACGUGUUAAUGCUUCUUUAUUUCACAGCGAGCAUGGUGAUAUAUCAAUGACACCUCUGACAUUAUUAACACUUGCUUAUAAUAUAAAAUAAUAUAAAAACCAUUAAAAAGUAGAGAGAUAAAAUCGUUGAUGCCUUUUUGAAAGGACUCAACUUUUUUUAGAGGAUUCAGAAACCGUUUAACCUUGACUAGUACAUAUUUAUGAGAUAUGUUGUUAUCUCUUAGUGGAAACCAAAUAUGCAUGAUACGGUGUUCCAUGAUGAAUAAAUUUGAUGCAUACUAUCACAUUCAUAGUCAAGUAACGAUUACUGCCAAAAUUAAAUACCUAUUGGGAGAAAAGUCCAUGUGAACGUCAGUAAAUAUAGUGCAAUUUUGUUAUCUGUUUAUGUUUUAUAAUUCAAUUUAGAAGAGAGAAAAAGUGUUGCAGGUUUCCUAUGAAUGAAAUUAUAAAUCAUAAAUACAAGAACAAAAUUUUAUUUUUAAUUUUAUUUUUAAUUUUAUUUUUUACAUUCAUGUGGACUUUUUCCCAACAGGCAAUUAAAUUUGGUAACAAUCGCGUUAUUUGGCUGUAAAUGCAAUAGUACGCGUUAAAUAAUUUAUUGAUCAUAUGGAACAAUGUAUUCUAUAUCUUGCAUUUCCACUAAGAGAUAACAAGCAGUUUUCUUGUAAAUAUAUACCGUCUAUCUGUCGCGGAGAGAUAUGAUCUCUCUUUCCCUCUCUCCUUUCUUUCUCUUUCUCCCUGUAUCGCGAAUCGAGCGUGUCGAAAUUCGCACGUGUUACAUGACUUCGAGAAUUGCAACACGCUGAUUAUUCAUGCGCCUUGUAGACGCGGUGAAAUCGCCGAUGACCAUCGUGGCCUGUAUUAUUCCUCUUUCAGGGAAAGCAACGAAUCGUUUUAGCAGAAGGAACUGUUGUGAUGGACAAAGAAUGACGGAACGACAAGCCGUUUACAUCGAUGCCGCGACUAAAAUAAAACCGUCGUCAUUGCUGCAAAAAAAAGUUUUAAAUCACGCUGACGAGACGGAUUAUUCUUAUUAUUUGUGUGUUACUGCUUCCAGGAGUAGUGUUAGCUGAAUAAAAUAAUUAUUUUUUGUAUUACAAUUAAACUACAUAUAUAAAAUAGAAAGGAAAUAAGACAAUGAGAAAAAGAUUUUAUAAAUCUUAAGUGUAAUAGUGAUUAAUAGAAUUACCAUUACUAAUAUAAUUGCUUCCAAUCCAUCUAAUGGCUCUAUUAAAGAAAUUUGAAGAAAAAAUUACAAAAUUAAAGGAAGAGAUAGAAAAAAAUAGAAGACAAAUGCACAUUUAUUAUCAAGAAGAAUUGCAUACAUUGGAUGAAAUAGAAUACGAAACCAAAAAAAUUGGAAUAUAUGAUGGAGAUUUAAAAGAAAAGACUGAACAAGCAAGAAAAAAAGUUAUAGAUGACUAUAGCUUUACUAUAUUCUGUAAUGAUACUGGUAUAGAAGUUGGUAUUGAUGCAUUAGAAGUAAAAGAUUUUCAUGACACAGAUACAAGAAGUAAUUCUGCUGUAAAAAUGUCUUUUGAUGAUCAACCAGGAACAAGCGGAACACAAAAAGCAGCAUCUCAAAAUAAAAAUGUUGAUCAAUGAGAUGUACAUUUAUGGAGAAUAUUGCAACAACUUUAUAAUUCAAUUUGCAAUUUCUUGCAAAUUUAUUUGCAUAUACAAGCAGCGAUUUAUUUGAUAUUACAACUACACAUCACGCGGUACAAUAUUUUCACUUAAAUUAUGCGGAUAAAUCAGGCAUUGUGUGCUGAAAACCUACAAGUUUUUAACUGUGAUCGUUUGAUUUGUUUGCAGAAUCAGACAAGUAAGCUCAAGUGGCAAGGAAUAUGAGCAGCGUGUGUAGCAGUGUGUAAUACUUUUCAACACUUCUCAGGAUGUUUAAGGAAAACGAUAAUGGCGCGGGAGGUUGUAACGGCGCGACACCUCGUCCACGGAGGCUAUUUCCCCGAUUUUCGUUACGCAGAUUACUGUAUUCCAGUCCGCUUAUCGGUCGUCGUAUCGUAAGAACGCCCAGUUCGAGUAACAGGAAUGCGAAAGCUAAGGAUCAAGCGAGCAGUAGGGUGGCGGAUGUUGAGAAAGGAGAGGCCAGAGUGAGCAAUGGUUCGAGUCAUUUCCAAUUUCAUAACAUAGAUCUGCAACGUGCUUCCAGCAAAGGUUCUGGACUGUUUUCUGCAGGAAAGAGUAAUGAUGGACCGAUGGAAUGUCCAUUGUGUUUGGCCGACUUACCAGCAGAAUUCUUUCCUGUUAUCCAGUCUUGUCAUCAUCGCAGUUGCUACGAUUGUUUUCAACAGUAUCUCAAAGUGGAAAUCUCCGAGUCUAGAGUUAAUAUUGCUUGCCCCGAAUGUAAUGAACCGUUACAUCCAAAUGAUAUUCGGAUGAUCUUGAAUGAUCAAACGCAGUUGGAGAAGUACGAAGAUUUUAUGGUUCGGAGAGUACUCGCUGUAGAGCCCGAUGCGAGAUGGUGCCCCGCUCCUGAUUGCAGUUUCGCUGUAAUCGCUAGUGGCUGUGCUUCGUGUCCAAAAUUACGUUGCGAGCGGCCAGGUUGCGAUUCGUACUUUUGCUAUCACUGUAAAGCGCAAUGGCACCCGAAUCAAACGUGCGACGCCGCCCGAGCGCAACGUUCUCAAUACUACGAGCGCAGUUCUUCUCUGAGUUUUAGUCAAACCGAUUCUCAACACAGAGAUGAUAUAAAGCCAUGUCCGAGAUGCCAAGUCUUGAUUGUCAAAAUGGACGAUGGAAGUUGCAACCAUAUGACGUGUGCGGUUUGUGGCGCAGAAUUUUGUUGGCUCUGUAUGAAAGAAAUUAGUGAUCUUCACUAUCUUAGUCCUUCUGGCUGCACUUUUUGGGGCAAAAAGCCAUGGUCUAGAAAGAAAAAGAUUUUGUGGCAACUUGGAACUCUGAUAGGAGCUCCAGUUGGGAUCGGUCUCGUCGCGGGUAUAGCAUUUCCUGCUAUGAUCAUAGGUAUACCUGUGUGGGUAGGGCAAAAAUUGUAUACGAGAUACGAGAAGGCCAACAAGCACAAGAGGAAUGCUUUUAUUCUUGGCGGAGUUACUGCAUCGGUUCUAGUGUCACCGGUACUGGCGGGAUUGGCUGUGGGUAUCGGUGUUCCCAUACUGCUGUUCUACGUUUACGGCGUGGUUCCGGUAUCACUUUGCCGAAACGGCGGCUGCGGUGUUACUAGGAACGGCACCGGAGUGCGAUUCGAGUUUGACGAUGAGAAUGAGCUGAUGGGCGCCUUGGGCGCGCGCAACGGCGGAGAUGCGGCAUCAAUAGACGUCGCGAGUCACCGCGGCGGCAAUCCUUCAAUAGGGGAGGCCUCGCUAUCGUUGGGUAGCGGUAGUCAGCUGGAGAAAUUGGGCCGGGAAAAUGAUCGCGAAAGCGCUAGUAAUGUGGCUCUAGCUGGCACUAGUCUCGCGGGCAGUAUAGCCUCUAGCGUGCUUCCCGGAGGUCAAAGGUUGGAGGUCCAAGCUGAUGUUACGUCUACGCAACGCUUCAGUUUGUGUAGCGAAACCGCGUCCGCGGCUACUAGUCUGUCGGAAAAAUCGGUAAACGCUUCUAUUGCUUUAGACGAUGGCGCGGCUUCUACGAGGGCCUUGGCCGGUUCAGUUCUUAACUUUAAGAUGGAUAGCAGUUCAAUCAGCGGUGGCAGAAGUACGGAAGGAGAGCAACCAGCCAACUCCACCAAUGGUGGUCACAUGGACUCUGCUGGUCAAGCCACAUCGUUGAGCUCGUUGGAAGAAAUGGCGCCUGGUUUAGCAAAACGCACCCGACGUAAACUGACAUUUGAUCCUCAGUGUAGCGAUGCGAGUAGCUGGGUCAUGAGCGGAGAGGACGGUGUUUCGGAACGAGUACGAUUCGAUGAUCAUGUCAGCGUAAUCGAAGCGGACCAAGAGAGGGUGGUAGGUGGCAAAUUGGAGGGCUGUGCGAUGAACAAUCGUUCAACGGGUCGUAAGCGAAAUAAAGAUUCCGAGCAAGAGACUGAUGCUCAGAAAACAUCCAAGAGCCCAAAUGGUGGAUCGAAUGCCGAAAGUCCCGUAGACGAUACUUCGCGGGAACGCAUCAACGUCGCCACUUUAAGAAACGUUUUUUUUCACGCUUCAGCAAUAUCCACGGAUCGUGAGAAACGACUGUCGGUCAUAGAGGAGCCGACGUCGACCGCAUCGCAAGCCUCCGGCAAUCGGAUCAGCAUGCCUUGCGAUGAGAGUCGGAGUUCCACUACUACAGACGAAAGUUUGCAUUGCUAGGAAGGUUAAGACUGAGCAUGGAUGUCACAAUGUAUGUAUAGAUGCGUAUAUACAUAUGUUCAGUGUGUAUAUAUGUACUAAAUCGCAUAAAUGCAAAAACACGAUGCGUUAAUAUGUAAGCACGACGAUUGUACAUACCCAUAUAUACCGGGCAAUACGCAUACGCAUAGUUCGAAUGUUACACAAGAAACAAAGAGAUAAAACUAUCGCAAAGAGUAAUUCUAGUGAUUGUGUGCAUUUGCGCUGUGAUCAUGCAUAUGUGAGCAUACUGUAUGGAUACAUAUAUACAUAUGUUAUAUAUAAGUAUAUGUACGUAUAUGUAUGUACGUUUGUAUGCAUAUAUGUAUAUACGUUCGUAUAUAUAUGUAUGCAUUCACAUACAUAACAUAUACAAAUCAUAUAUGACACUCCCAAUUCAUUAUAAACAAUGGAAAAGAAAGUUAAAGACAAUAUUUCUUCCUGCAUUAAUAUUUAAUAAAUUGCAAUGGUUAUUAUAGUAGACGGAACAACUCUAUUAUUUGUAUCGAAAUUAUUCCUCAAUUGUCGACGUUUAGUUUGUAACGAAUAGGUGG